AGGGGCCGGCGGAGGCCGCUUUCAGUCGGAUCCCGGCAGCAGCGGCGGCGGCGGCCUCUUCGUCUCGAUCGGCGCCAGCCUCCUCCACCGCUCGUUUCCGGAAUCAUGGCCUCCGGCGUGGCAGUCUCGGAUGGGGUGAUCAAGGUGUUCAACGACAUGAAAGUGCGCAAGUCGUCAACGCCAGAGGAGGUGAAGAAGCGCAAGAAGGCGGUGCUGUUCUGUCUGAGUGAGGACAAGAAGAACAUCGUGCUGGAGGAGGGCAAGGAGAUCCUGGUCGGGGACGUGGGGCAGACGGUGGACGACCCCUACGCCACCUUCGUCAAGAUGCUUCCGGACAAGGACUGCCGCUACGCCCUCUACGAUGCCACCUACGAGACCAAGGAGAGCAAGAAGGAGGACCUGGUGUUCAUCUUCUGGGCCCCAGAAUGUGCCCCCCUCAAGAGCAAAAUGAUCUAUGCCAGCUCCAAGGAUGCCAUCAAGAAAAAGCUGACAGGGAUCAAGCACGAGUUGCAAGCAAACUGCUACGAAGAGGUGAAGGACCGCUGCACUCUGGCAGAGAAGCUGGGGGGCAACGCGGUCAUCUCUCUGGAGGGGAAGCCCUUGUGAGCCCCUCCCUUCCCCCACCUCUGUCCCUCCCCUCCUCCCCCUGCCUGGAGCAGCCGAGCGAGCUGGGGGAAAGGCUUCCUGGCCAGACCAAAGGGGCUGGGGGACCCUAGCGUGGGGGAGGGGGGCGGGGAAGCACCAACCCUCGACCCCAUUUGCCAAACCCCCUCCCCCCCUUGGCCCCCUAUCCCCCUCCCCCAACGGUUCUGGUCUACCCCAGCCCGCUUUUGAUUUAAUUCCUCUUGGUUGAAGCAGACCAAGUGGGGCCCGCCCCCACCGCCCCCCCACCAGGAAAACCAGGCAUGUGGGGAAGGGUCUGUAUAUUUUUUCUUUUUUUUUUUUUUUAACGAUGACCCCUUACCCCACCACAUUCCUCCCACCCGUGCUGCCAACUUCUAACCGCAAAUAGUGGCUUUGUGCUUGUUCGUUUAGUUCUGUGUAUAAAUGGAAUAUUGUCAUCACGACCCCUCCCCCACCGGCCGGCUCCUCCCUCCCCCAACCCCCCCCCCCCCCCCCCCGGCCGCUUUUGUGGAAGCAGCACCAGUAAGGAAUCGAUUUUAAAAAAGAAAAAAAAAGAAUAAAAAGGA